AUGCCUAGACAUUUGAUGUUGGACUUUUCAGAAAUGGCAUCUGAAAUCUCACCAAAGUGCAGACUUGGGAGCUUGGAGAGUCGAAGCAGCCACUCUAGGUGCAGGAAUUUUACCUUGGAUGAUGAAAGUCUCCAAUACCUAACCCAUGAGGAGAAGGAUGUUCUCCUGUUUUUUGAAGAAACCAUUGGUUCUUUAGAAGAUGACUUGGAAGAACAGGUCCUACAUGACAGCGGUAUCCAUGGUCACUCCCCAAGAUCAACGGACGAAAAUGCUUCCAGCCAUUCAGAAUCCGAAGAGAUCAUUGACUUGGUGCAAUCAACCUCUGAGAACAGUGAUCACAAGUGUACUCCGAACAGAGAAGUAGUAACAGUGUCAGAGGCUGCCAGGAGAACAGAUGAUCCUAAGCCAGAGGGCGAUGAGCUGCCUGAGAAGAUUCCACCUCCUGAUGCUCCGCCAAGCCACCCUUCAGCUCCUCCAUUGAUAAGCGAUGAGAAAGUUCUUGCUCCAUGCCCCGUGCAGCACCCCAAGCUUCAUCAUGCCAUCCCCACUCCACUUAUCUUGGCUCAGAAAAUGUCCGAGAAGCAAGAUGAGACAAGGACAUGCUCUCCCACUUCCCCCAAGGAGGGGAAGCCUGUGGAGUGGAGAAAAGCCCCAGUGCAGAACGGAGACUGUUUCCCAGCUCUUAAGCACCCUCUGCUGCCUGCACCCAAAUCCUACCGGUUUCCAAGUAAUAUCAACAUAACCAAUGCAGGUGGGAAGGAAUUCAACCAAACUAUCUCUAAGGCAGCAGUCAAUGUGCAGGUGCGCAAGGCCCAGGUGCUGGCCAACAUGAACGGAGCAGCCUUUGGGACAGCUGAAAUAGAAGAGAGGUGGCAGAAGAAUGAGCUCUUGGUUCGCAGCAGAAGCUCCUCCUUAAGAGAUCUAACUUCUGAGCAAACCCGAUACGACGCUCUGACAAAACUAGGCCUGGCGAAGGAAAGGCCAAGUCUGGUCCAACAAUAUCGUGCCCCAAACACACAGAAGAUACAGGACUUGCAGGAAGAACAGGGAGAGACUGUUUCUAAUGGGUAUCAAAAUAUCCACGCAACCUUAAAAUGCGAUCCCAGCCCUUUCCUUCCUAUGGGCAAAACCGUGAAGAUCAAACCAGACACAGCUCUCACCAGGGACAAGGUUGCUCGACAGAACGUUGCCAAAAGCUUUUAUGACCAUGGGCAGCCCGACUUAAAUCUGGAGAUGAGAAAGAGGUCAGGCUCACUGCCUAGACCUUCGGGAUUUCGACCCCAGGGGAUAACAGUACAGUUUUCCGGCCGAGGCUCAACAGAAGAAGCCAGGAAAGAGGCUCUUCGGAAACUGGGGCUGCUGAAAGAGACGAUCUGA